ACGUGCGCGCGGCCCUGGGGCCGGUUGGUCCGCAGGCAGGGGAGGAACCGGGCACUCCCCAGGCCAGGCUGGGAUCGGGCUGGGGUCGGCGGCUCACGGAAGUCGGAGGAAAGAACCCGGAGCGGAGUAAACGCGCGGUGGCCCGGGGCGCUUGCCCAGGGAGUCCCGCCGAUCCCGGGCCCGGUGCUCGGGAGCGGCGCCCGAGGGGUCUGCGGCGGGGGCGGCGCCCGGUCCGGCCAUGAGCUCUCCGCCGCCCACCCGCAGGGGCUUUUACAGCCAGGAGGUGACCAAGACUACCUGGGAGGUGCGCGUGGUGUACCAGGACCUGCAGCCCGUGGGCUCGGGCGCCUAUGGCGCCGUCUGCUCGGCCGUGGACAGCCGCACAGGCGCCAAAGUGGCCAUCAAGAAGCUGUACCGGCCCUUCCAGUCGGAGCUGUUCGCCAAGCGCGCCUACAGGGAGCUGCGUCUCCUCAAGCACAUGCGCCACGAGAACGUGAUCGGGCUGCUGGAUGUGUUUACUCCCGAUGAGACCCUGGAUGAUUUCACAGACUUCUACCUGGUCAUGCCUUUCAUGGGCACCGACCUGGGCAAGCUCAUGAAGCACGAGAAGCUGAGUGAGGACCGAAUCCAGUUCCUCGUCUACCAGAUGCUGAAGGGGCUGAAGUACAUCCACGCUGCUGGCAUCAUCCACAGGGACCUGAAGCCUGGCAACCUGGCCGUCAAUGAGGACUGCGAGCUGAAGGCUGGUCCACCCACUCCCGGGGGCACCUUUGCCCCACCUUCCUCAUUCUGGCUUCAGAUCCUGGACUUCGGCCUGGCCCGGCAGGCAGACAGCGAGAUGACUGGAUAUGUGAUGACCCGGUGGUACCGGGCUCCUGAGGUCAUCUUGAAUUGGAUGCACUACACACAGACUGUGGACAUCUGGUCGGCGGGCUGCAUCAUGGCCGAGAUGAUCACAGGGAAGAUUCUGUUCAAGGGCAAUGACCACCUGGACCAGCUGAAAGAGAUCUUGAAGGUGACAGGGACGCCUCCCGAUGAAUUUGUGCAGAGGCUGCAGAGUGCCGAUGCGAAAAACUACAUGAAGGGCCUGCCUGAGUUGGAGAAGAAGGAUUUUGCCUCCAUCCUGACCAAUGCAAGCCCUCUGGCCUUGAACCUCCUGGAGAAAAUGCUGGUGCUGGAUGCAGACCAGCGGGUGACUGCGGCCGAGGCGCUGACACACCCCUACUUCGAGUCACUGCAGGACACGGAGGAUGAGCCCAAGGCCCAUAAGUACGACGAGUCCUGCGAUGAUGUGGACCGCACGCUGGAGGAGUGGAAGCGUGUCACGUAUAAAGAGGUGCUCAGCUUCAAGCCUCCCCGGCAGCUGGGGGCCAGGGCCUCCAAGGAGACGGCCCUCUGAAGACCCCUGGGCCCUGAGGGAGUGGAGGGGACCCUGGCUGGGGCUUCCACCUGAAAGGGGGGAUCCUGGUUACCACUGUGACCUUGGCUGGGGCUUGCUUCCCAGGAGACACCUCGUUGCAUGGACCCCCUCCUACGAGCCUGUGCGCCUGCCCUUAGGCCCCCACUUCAGCCUAACGUUGUAGGAGCAUUUGGACUUUCUGGACAGGACACCCACCUGCCUGGGGCUGGUCUCUGAGCCCCUGAGAAGCCUCAGGUCUGAGGGUGGGUGGGGCUUGGGAUCAAGGCCUGGCUUCUGACCCUGCUUGCUCUGGACAGAGCUGUGGCCAGCUCAUGUGGCUGAGAAGGAAGGACAGGGAGGGCGCCAGGCUCCGACUUGGGAAAUCUCUCCUGGGAGGCACUGGUGUGGACGCCUUGGGCACCCACAGCCUGGAAUGUAAAUUGCCCACAUUGCUGGGAGGAAAUAAACCCUUUGUAGAGCUCC